AUGAAUAACAACCCGCAAUGGAGGCCGGAUCAAACUAGAGAAUGGGUGGCAGCGCGACAGGACCGAGAACGAUUCGUGGCUCACGGUUACACUGUUUCUGGCAUACCUAAAGACCCGGAACAUGAACAAUGGAUGAAGCAACAAGAAUUGGAAAAACAGCAAGAAUGGAAAAAGCGCCAAGAAUGGUUGCGAAAUCAGGAAGGAGCAGCAACCUCUCAGAGUGCUCCAGAUUAUGGACGCGGUCAACCUAAAUCAGCACAGAUUCUCGAUCCAACAGAAAAUAAAACGAUUUCAGUGACGGUUAUCGAAGAUACAGGAUGUGGAAUAAGCUUCAUUUCGCCAGAAGUAGCUAGACUUUGCCACUUGACAGAAUUUUCGACUACAGCUAUUGAAAGCCGGACGUUGAUGGGCAACUUCGUUUCCAAUCUCUGGGCGGAUGUCAAUUGGAUGGGGAGCGACAAUAACCAUGGUCGUGAUUGGUUCUAUAUUGCACCCGACAACGCGCCAAUUGAGGUGCUCGUCGGAACAAAGUUCAUGGACGCCCAUCCUCAUGUAUUCAAAGACCGGGCACAACUCGAGCCAGGCUUUUUGAAUGUACAGUCAGAGAUCAAGGCAGCCGAGAAAUCCCAAAUCGAAGACAACGAAGCACUUGCUCAGCAGCAAGCGGCUGAGUUGGAAGAAAGAAAGAAGCUUGCGAAACAGCAAAAACCGAGCGAUAAAGGAAAACGGCCCGCAUCACCUUCAUCUUCAUCUAAGAGGAGUUCUCGCCGGAAGAAAUCGUGA